AUGAAAAAGUCUGUCUCUCAGUCGAACACCAUUCUCAACUACUUUGGGCGGACGCCUUCGAAAACGCCUUUAAAGACUCCGUCAAAGGAGGCUUCAUCUCCACUGGUCACGGCCUCUCCUUCCGUCAAAUCGAGUACUCCGCUCAAGCGUAAAGAAAACACUUUGUUUGAUAAAGACGACUCUGACAAUGAUGCCGUUAAUUGUGGUGAUGUGAGUCAAAACAAGUCAAAGAAGCGAUUCAAACGACUGCUGAUUGAAUCAUCCGAAGAGGAAAACAAAAAAGAUGACGAAUAUAAGCCAAGCGAAGAGUCAGACUCUUCGGACAUGUACGUGGACGAGAGUAAAGAAGUCGAUGACGAUGACGACGGUGAUGAGGAUUUCUAUGAUGAGGAGGAGGAGGAUGAGACACCCAAGAAAAAGCCUACAAAGGCAAAGACGGUUUCUGUAUCGAAGCGCAAAAACAACAACAUUAGCAACAUCUCGCGAAGCGCAUCAAAGUCCUUUUCCCAGUCAAUGAGCAAAUCGACCAAUGGCAACCACAACAACAGCAUUUCGCAGUCGGUCACCUGCAGUUACAUUCAAGCCAUUGAUCGCGAAUGGCCUCACAUGUCGUAUCCCUUUUUGCAGCCUGACAAGAUGUGCGAUGGUAAGGGACAAAAGUACUAUAUCGACGGCGAACUAAACCCGGAAUGUGAUCAGAACACACUUUAUGUGCCCAAAGAGUUUCUCGAUCAGCAGACGCCCGCCAUGCGCCAGUGGUGGGUGAUAAAGUCGACCAACUUUGCCACCGUUCUCUUUUUCAAGAUGGGCAAGUUCUACGAGGUCUUUCACAUGGACGCCGUCAUCUGCACCAAAGAGGCGCAGAUUCAGUUCAUGAAGGGCAACUACGCUCAUGCUGGAUUCCCCGAAAAGAGCUACAAACGCUACGCUGAUGUGCUUAUACAAAAGGGCUACUCCGUUGCGCGCAUUGAACAAACCGAGACGCCCGAUAUGAUGCAGCAGCGUACGAAGAAGACAAAGUCUGGCAAAUUUGACAAGGUGGUAACGCGGGAGGUUUGCCGCAUCUCCUCCAUCGGCACUCGAUUCACGUCGGACAUUGACUCGGAUGCCCUGAACUUUUCCAACUCGUACCUCUACGCGCUGUCAUACAAGUUUUGGACUUCAGCUGAUACGCUGCAGUACAUUGCGGAGAAGGAUGUUUUGUCCAAAAUGAGUGCCCAGUUUCGCAGUCAGGUGCUCGACCCUUCUGAUGUGCUACAGCAAACGAGCCUUCCUGCCUACGAACUAGCCGUCUCCUCUCUGGGCGGCAUCAUUCAGUACCUGGAGAAGGCGCUCAUUUCCGAGGACAUUCUCUCUUUGGGCCUCUUUGAGGUGUACAUCCCGGAGGAGAACAUCGCCACAAAGCUCAGUCGCAACCUUAUUCUCGACUCGGUGACGAUGAAGAACUUGGAAGUGCUGCAGAACUUGCGAGGCGAAGAAACCUCCACUCUCUUCAAGAUUAUCAACAAGUGCAGCACUCCCUUUGGCAAGCGCCUCCUGCGCAACUGGCUUUGCCUGCCGCUGUGCAACCAACGCGAGGAGCUAGAGCUGCGCCAGGAGGCGGUUCGAGAGCUGGCGGAGAACGGGGCCGUUCAGCUGAAGGUGGCCAGUUGGGCUGCAGUGCUCGGCAAGCUGCCCGAUUUGGAGCGUCUCCUGACGACGAUUCACAGUGCCAGCUCGCUGAAGCGAUCUCGCGACCACCCCGACUCUCGAGCCAUUCUCUUUGAGGGCGAUCUCUACCGACGACGACGCCUGGCCCACUUUCUCAACACCCUCGAUGGCUUUCAGAGCCUGUCGGCGCUUAUGGCGGAAAUAUGUGCACUGCUGAGCAGCACUGAUGAGCCAGUCAAAUCGAAGCUCCUCACGCAGCUGGUCACACUUCAGUCUGCUGGGGGACUCUUUCCUGAGCUGGAGAGCAAAAUCGCCCACUUUCGAGGAUCGUUUGACGCGGAGAAAGCGCGUAAGGAGCUGAGCAUCAUUCCCAAUCCAGGGGCGGAUGAGGAGUACGACGAGGCCGUGGAGGGCAUUGCCAGUGCCAAGCGGCAGCUGAAUGAGUACCUCGACAAGCAGAAGCUCUUCUUUGGAGUUCGAGUGUGCUACUUCAAUGAGAAGCCGGGCAAGAAUCGGUACCAGCUGGAGAUUCCUGAUUCGGCGGUGGUGAAGACCACCCGCAGCAGCAGUGAGUCCUACAAGGAGGUAGGCCGAAAGAAGGGAUUUAAGCGUUUUCACACGCCCACAAUUCUGAAGCUGGUCGCCAAGCUGGAGGCGGAGGAGAACCGAAGGGCCAGUCUGUUGAGUGACAUCUUCCGUCGCAUACUGGAAAAGUUCGACAAUGACUACCAGCACUGGUCGACGGCCAUCCGGUGCGCCGCCAAGCUCGAUGUGCUUAUUUCACUGUCCAAGACGAAGCAGAUUUUUGAAUCGUACGAGUCCUACUCGACACUGCCCAACUUUAUCUGGCCAUCAUCAUCGGCGGAGCAGUCGGCGUCUACAAUUGAAGAAGGCGGAAAUCAGAGCUCUGAUGAAAAGGAGGAGGCCAUCUUCCAGGCGGAGGAGCUGCGAAAUGCCUGUCUCAUCGAGGCUCGUCAGCUGAUUGCCAAUGACAUUACUCUGAAGAACGGCACGAUGGUGCUCACCGGGCCCAACAUGGCCGGCAAGACGACGCUGAUGCGCUCAGUGGGCCUGGCCGUGGUACUGGCGCAGAUUGGCGCCUAUGUGCCGGCGAAGAGCUGUAGCCUAUCACCGGUAGACAGAAUUUUCACGCGCAUAGGUGCAUAUGACGAAGUGAUUGAAAGUCAGAGCACCUUCAUGGUGGAGCUCAAUGAGACGGUGGCCAUUGUCCGGCACGCCACCCCUCACUCGUUGGUGCUGAUUGACGAACUGGGACGGGGAACCUCCACCUUUGACGGUAUAGCCAUUGCACAGGCGGUGCUCGAGGAGCUGGCGGAGCACACUCGCUGUCGGUGCAUCUUCUCCACGCACUUUCACUCCAUUGUCGAUGAGCUGCAGGACCUGCCCUACAUCACCUUGGCACACAUGGACUACCUGGUGGAGAACGACAACAAGCUGGAUCCCACUGAUGCUGAUGUCAUCUUCCUCUACAAACUCAAGGAGGGCGUCUGCAGUCAGAGCUACGGGUACAAUGUGGCCAAGUUGGCUGGAAUUGAUCGAGACAUUCUGCGAAUUGCCUACAAGUACGGGCACGCAUUUGAACUGCAAGUGGAGUCCUGUCGACUCUUUGAGAGCUUUGUGCAGAGCGGACAGUCGGCGGCGGCACUGCCUCCGAAGAAGGUUGAUCAACUUGCCGACUACCUCAGCCAGAUGGUCAUUACCCGCCGCAUGUAG